AUGUCGCGGAUCGCCAGCGCCGCCAGCUUCUUCCCGCGCACGAUGACGGCCAUCGUGUUAUCGUCCCGCAUCGGCACGACCAACAAGCUCCCGUCCUCGUCUGCCUCGCGCAGCCGCCAGUACCGCGUGUACAUUCGUAUUCUCUCCAACCUACUCGCAGCGGCCGUCAUCCUCAUCUCGCUCAUCACGAUGGGCGUCUUGCUGUCCGAAGGCAUGUUCAACCGGCUCGUCAUCACGUGGUAUUACCAAGACAACACCGACUACUGGGCCGACUAUGGCGCCUCGUGCGAGCUCGGUACCGAUGGGUUUGUCAACACUUCGUGUUCGCCGAUCGAAGUCAAUACGACCGAGACGGUAGCAGCCUGGACCGCCAUCGGUGCCCAGCUCGCAAUGACGUGGCAAGCGGACAGCACCAGCCCAAUCAAGGUCACGACGUGCUUGGUGGGCGGGACACCGGACGUCGGGUGGGUCGCCCUCCAGUUUAUCGGCGGCUAUGACGACUUUCCGAGCUGCAACCCGAGCAACGGGAGCCAGCUCAUCGCUGGCAUUGCGAUGGUCGAGGCCGCCAACCUCGAUACUGUCUACCCGGACGGUGCGUAUCUCCUCUCGAUGUUUGGGGACGCAAGCAUGCACGAGGCGACAACGUAUUGGAACACCGAUGGCACCAGCAACACGGUGGUCGCCAACAUUACGCGGGUGCUCGUGGGGCGCGACGGGUCGACCCAGCACUACGAGACCGGCAUCAACUCGGCUACUGCAUCUCGCAAGUGA